AUGUUCCAGGCCACGGGACCCGCCAGCCCACCCCCAACUCAUGAGGCAAAGAACAACUCAGGAGGCAGCACGGUGCAGCGCUCCAAGUCCUUCAGCCUGAAGGCGCAAGUGAAGGAGAUGUGCACUGCCUGCCAGAAAACCGUCUACCCCAUGGAGCGGCUGGUGGCGGAUAAAUUCGUCUUCCACAACGCCUGCUUCUGCUGCAAGCACUGCCACACCAAGCUCAGCCUGGGCAGCUACGCGGCGCUCCACGGGGAAUUCUACUGCAAGCCCCACUUCCAGCAGCUCUUCAAGAGUAAAGGCAACUACGACGAGGGCUUCGGGCGCAAGCAGCACAAGGAGCUGUGGGUGCACAAGGAGGUGGAGAGUGGGACCAAGUUGGCAUGAGCGGGGCCAGCCCACCCCUCCCUGGAGCCCAGCAGAGACGGCACGGAGCAGUGCUGA